GCCUUGCCGCUAGCCUGUCUCACCUCGCGGCCGGCAGCAUUGCGCGACGCGCCGCGCUAUUCACAUUCAAAAUUAUUCGCAACAUUGCAAAAACUCUCUGUGCAAUAUAAAAUUCCGUUCUAUAUACCCGGUUACAAUAAUUUUGAAAACAGAGAGUUUCUCUAAGUCUUAUAAAAAAUUAAGUGCCUUUAAAAAGUUUGAAUGCACUCCUCGUUGCAUAUCCCGCGCGCGUCGUUAUGAGAACCCCGUAGUCGCGGUCACGUUGACGUCGCGCGGUGCCGCCAUAUCUGUCUCGGUCACCAACUAGCAAAAUUAAUAGGUAAAAUUUACUUUUACAUCACUAGGAGAAUGCAAACCCGCGCGUUCUCUUUUUAAAUUUUGGAUGGAAUGAGGAGUGCACAAUCACAUUGUUUCUCAGUUUCAUAUGUUUGAGUAUCAUUUGUUUUUUUGUUUUUCGGACGGUUAGAGAGAUUUCAUUUUCUUCCAAAAUUGCAAAAAUUACAAAAUAAGAAUGGCGGAAGGCAAUGGAGAAAUAUCUAUGGAAGAGGUCCCUGGAAGGGAUUCUGAUGUUUACCGAACACCAGAUUACCGCAAACUCAUAGAGUAUGGUUUAGAUUCAAAGGUAGCGGCGAAGCUCGAUGAUAUUUAUAAGACUGGAAAGCUAGCGCACGCUGAGUUGGACGAGCGUGCGUUAGAUGCCUUAAAAGAAUUUCCAUCCGACGGUGCUUUAAGUGUUCUUGGACAAUUUUUAGAUUCAAAUCUUGAGCAUGUAUCAAAUAAAAGUGCUUAUUUAUGUGGAGUUAUGAAAACUUAUAGACAGAAAAGCCGGGCGGGCGUGCAGGGCGCUCCCGCUUUAGCGGCCAGUGCGCAGGUCAAAGGCCCGGACGAGAACAAGAUCAAACAAAUCCUCGCACGCACCGGGUACACGUUAGACGUUACCACGGGGCAGCGUAAGUACGGCGGGCCUCCGCCCGGGUGGGAAGGGGGCACGCCAGGGGCCGGAUGCGAAGUUUUCUGCGGCAAGAUCCCCAAGGAUAUGUACGAAGAUGAGUUGAUUCCACUAUUCGAACGAUGCGGCAACAUUUGGGACCUUCGCCUCAUGAUGGACCCCAUGACGGGGACAAAUAGGGGUUACGCGUUUGUGACCUUUACGACGCGCGAAGCAACUCAGCGCGCGGUGCAAGAGCUGAAUGAUUAUGAAAUUCGAAAGGGGAAAAAGAUUGGCGUUACGGUUUCCUUUAACAAUCAUCGUUUAUUCGUGGGAAAUAUCCCUAAGAAUCGAGGUCGGGACGAUUUGUUUGAGGAGCUUACUAGGCACGCACCUGGACUGGUAGAAGUAAUAAUUUAUAGUUCGCCCGAUGAUAAGAAGAAAAAUAGAGGAUUUUGUUUUUUGGAAUACGAGUCUCACAAGGCCGCGUCUUUGGCUAAGCGUCGACUUGGAACCGGUAGAAUAAAGGUAUGGGGCUGUGAUAUAAUAGUGGACUGGGCCGACCCACAAGAAGAACCAGAUGAGCAGACAAUGAGUAAAGUGAAGGUGUUAUAUGUAAGGAACCUAACUCAAGACAUCACAGAAGAGGCGCUGAAGGAGGAAUUCGAACAAUUUGGCACCGUUGAACGAGUUAAGAAGAUUAAAGACUACGCAUUUGUUCACUUCGAGAAUCGAGACUGUGCUGUAAAGGCAAUGCAAGAGCUAGACGGCAAAGAACUGGGUGGAGCCAGACUGGAAGUAUCCCUAGCGAAGCCACCUUCGGACAAGAAGAAGAAAGAAGAAAUACUCCGUGCUCGAGAACGUCGCAUGACUCAGAUGAUAUAUGGACGUGGCGGAUUUGAUUGGUGCAGCUGCUCACCCGUGCACGGCGCGCUGCGUGGACGCACGCCGCAGCCCACGCCGCGCCCGCCCCAGGCCCGCGGGGACUACGAUUAUGAUUACGACUAUUACGGGUACGGGGAUUACCGAGGUGGCUACAAUGAGCCAUUUUACCGGUACGAUGAGUUCUAUUUUGAUUACGCGGGGCCACCGCAACCGUCCGCCGUUCGCCAGCCUCCCAACAGAGCGCAACCGGACGACGAUGCUAUCGGCCACAACACGCUUUACUACGAUAUAGCCGGAGACAUUCAGGGGGCUGGGUCAUGUGGGACGGGCGCGCGUUGGGCGCGGCGCGGGGCCGCGGCUGGGGCCCGUGGUGGUGCGCGUCGCGCCGCUCGUGGCCGCCGCACGCCCAGCGCCAUGCGUGGCAACCAGCGCGCCAAGCCAAGUUUACCAGGUAAACGUAAACUGGAUGGGGGUCAUCAGAACAAUGGGGGGGAAAGCAAGCGUCGGGUGUGCGCGUGGGGAGCGGGCGGGUCGGGCGGGUCGGGCGUGUCGGGCGAUUCGGUGAGCGGCAGCAGCUAGCGCCCGCGCCCGGCGUCGCCCGGCCCACGCCCCGCCGCGCGCCGCGGGCCCCUGUCCCGGAGACACAACAAGCUGCGCAGGGGAGCACCCGCGGGCGCCGGCCGCCGACUCUAAACGCACGCAGGGCCGAUCCACUUUUUCUAUGUAUCGUGUUUUUUAUUUGAUUUUCACGUUUUCGAUUUGUGUCGCGACGAUUCCGUAAAAAUCUUAAAGUAGGACGUUAUGAAAUGUUUCGAAUGUAAGUUUCCCGUUAUGCUUACGUUUUCGUCGUAUUAGCCGUAUAUAUUUAAUAUAUACUUAUUUUUUGUGAGGGCGCGCGGCCGCGGUUGCCUGUUUGCGGCCGUGCGUCGGGUCGCGGACCCGUCGACUGUCUGUUUUUUUUAAUACAUGUUAUUCGAUAUAUUUUAUUCCUGCGAACGCAUUUUGCGAUGUGAUGUGUAUUUUAGCAGUAAUUAUUAUAUUAUAAGGAGUUUGACUGUUGUUUUUUGACAAACUUACAACUUAGGGUACACGAGGAUGAAUCGGAGACGAAUGAAUUGCACCCGACGACUCAAUUACGGCUAAAAUAGUAACACCUUGUAAUCGAUAACAUUUCCCAACUGUGUUCCUGCUUUAGUUUUUUGCUUUAUUUUAUUACAUAUUUUCCUUUAAAAUACAUUAGUGUGAAGUAGUUAUUGUAAAGUUCAGGAUUCUGCAAUGUUUAUUAUCGAUGUACUGUAACUAGACGUUUAUUUUUUGUAUUUCGACCGCAUAGCAUGUCCAUACUGUUAGAGCUCUGUCUUGUAUCAACCUUGUAUCAGUUUAAUAUGUGGAAUAAAUUUGCAAAACUGU